AUGGAGAUGGAGCUUGCGAGCAAUAAAAUGCUUCAAUCAUUGUGGGCAUGCAGGAAGCUCGCUGAACUGGGCUACACAAGGAGCGCAAAGAAGUGCAAGGAGAAGUUCGAAAACGUUCACAAAUACUACAAGCGCACCAAAGAAGGCCGCGCCGGCCGGCAGGACGGCAAGAGCUACCGCUUCUUCACCCAACUUGAAGCUCUCCACAGCACCACCAACACCGCCGUCCCAUCAUUCUCUCCGGCGACCAAUAUAAACCCCUUCCCGCCUCUAACUUCCAAUCCCUCUGCUCCCUCCGGAGAUUUAAUGGCAUUAACUGCCGUCGAUACAGCGCAGCCGCCGCCAACGACCGCUCACGCAGGCAUCAGUUUUUCUUCCGACACAUCCUCUUCUUCAUCAUCCGAUUCCGAUGCUGAAAACAACGAUUACGGCGGCGCCGGCGAGCUUCCGGACGGCGGAAGGAAGAGGAAGCGGGAAGGAUGGCCGUACGGGAAUGGAAAAACGAUAGCUUUCUUUGAUGACGGCGGCGCCGACAAGCUUCCGUACGGCGGAAGGAAGAGGAAGCGGGAAGGAUGGUCGUACGGGAAUGGAAAAAUGAUAGCUUUCUUUGAGAAACUAAUGAAUCAGCUGAUCGAACGGCAGGAAGCAAUGCAGCAGAGGUUCUUAGAUACGAUCGAGAAGCGCGAGCAGGAUCGGAUGGCGAGGGAGGAGGCAUGGAAACGCCAGGAGAUGGCUCGGCUUAACCAUGAGUAUGAGCUUAUGGUGCAGGAGCGCACCAUGACGGCGAAUCAUGAUGCUGCAGUUAUCUCCUUUUUGCAGAGGUUCGCCGGCGCCGGCUUAACCGUAACUAAUCAGCAGAAUGCAUUGAUAGAAGCUACAACAUUCUCUGCCCCUGCACCUCCUGAAGUUUCACAGGAAGAUCAGCCGGAGGGCCAGAGAAGCCACCAAGUCAAUGAGAUUGUAAUCCACCAGGCUUCAGCAUCGUUAGAUCCAGCUGCUUCAAAUGCAGAGAUGGUGUCGGAGGUUAUGGAAGUUUCGAUGUCGUCGCCGAAGUCUAAUUCGUCGUCAUCAAGGUGGCCGAAAACAGAGGUUCUGGCGCUAAUCAAGUUGCGCAGCGGGUUAGAGGUGAGGUACCUGGAGACAGGGCCAAAGGGGCCAUUUUGGGAGGACAUAUCCAUGGGAAUGAAGCGGCCGGGAUACAACAGAAGCCCCAAAAGGUGUAAGGAGAAGUGGGAGAAUAUUAACAAGUACUUCAAGAAGGUGAAAGAGGGGAACAAAAAGCGCCCGGAGGAUGCCAACACUUGCCCUUACUUCCAUGAACUAGAUGCACUUUAUCGCAGGAAGCAACAACAGGAGACUGCUACUAAUACAGAGCAACCAAUCUCUGUAUCAGUGGAGCAAGAGAGCAAUAAUGGCGGAAAUAAAAAUUUAAUCACAGUGAGAAACAAUGUGGAGAGCACUGGCUUCCAAAUGACGAGAAGCUAUCACAGCGCUAAUAGACAUUCUCAGGUUUUCUUUGGGAGCGAGGUUCCAUUGAAGAAGCCAGAAAACAUCAUUAAGGAACUGAUGGAACAACAGAAUCAGGAGGAGGAGGCGGAGGAGGAGGAUGAUGUUGUUGAUGAUGAUGAGUAUGAUGAUGAGGAUGAGGAGGAGGACGGUAAGCUCAGGUAUGAGAUCCAGUUUCAGAGACAAAGCGUGGGAGAUGUAGGUAAUGGUGGAAAUGUUGUAAGAAAGGCGCCGGCUUCGGUGCCUCCAUCGUCAAAUGCUGCUUCUUUUCUCGCCAUGGUUCAGUGAUGAUGCAUUCCUCUAUCAUCUCUGCAUCUUCGUCGUCUUCCUAUUAAACUAGGACUUCGGCUUCUGAAAAGGCGAAGUUUUUCUACCAUGAUUUGUUAUGGGAAUAAGGAUGGUUCCAAGCCAAUUGAGUGGAUGCCACCACACUAAAGGGAAUAAUGUGUCACAUCAAAGGGCGGAAAUAAGCUUAGCAAAGAGCUGAAAAUUUUCAAGGAAGAUGGGGAUUUUUUAUUUUAUAGCCAAGCUGGUUAAAACAUAUUUGUGUGCUGAAAUGUGAAGUUUGCAUCUGGGCGACCGUUGCCCCACGAGCAUCAGUAUAAGGGAAAUAAUAGAAUGAAAGGGGAGGAAGGGGGGUCGGAUGCGUAUGCGUUCUUUUUACUUUAUAUCUGAAUCUCUUGGUUGGAAAUAAAGGAUAAUUAUAAGAGGAAGAAUGAUGAGAAAGAAGAGGAACACAAGUUAAAAGACUCAUAUUUAGUUUACUCUUCGCACAAACUCAAACAUGCUACGCCUAUUUAUAUAGUGA